CAAUGAAUAUUUGUAUUUUAGGUUGAUUUAAUGACUGGUACGUUGUGUGGUUUGAUAAGGUAUUCAAAGAAGGUGGUGGUGACGCCUUGCACAUGCCUCAUCCACGUCCUCCCCUACAAACGCAUUCUAAGUCAUGUUCGUGUAUGCCACUUUGCUCCUAACGUCGAGAAGUUCUUCUCCCAAAGUUACUGUUCCCUUCCGCAGUUUUACUUCUCGAGACUUGAAAAUUCAAGAACGGAGAGAGAUUCUUCAGAUUUUGACCACUCAACAAGUUGACGCCCUAAUGUUGACCUUGAGGUUGUCCAUGGCCGUCAAGUACGUGAUGGUUGUUCCUGUAAUAGUGCUCGUGGUUUCGAAGCUGACGCUCUUGAGAUUCUUCUCAUUUACAAGAUUGAACUUUGCCAAGCUUGCCGCAACAGCCUUGGGGUCAUAUGGGCAAUCCUCAGUGAUGGUGUUGCCGUUUACGUCCACUCCCUUGAUGGUGAGCGUGCAAGGCCUCUUCUCAUUCUCGAGACCAGUGCGAACACACUGGAAGUCAAAUGUCUCAAGCUCAAAGCUCUUCACCUUUGACCCAUCAUAGUCUUUGGUGAUCAACGGGCUCUCCAGUGUCGAGGCCGUGGUGAUGGUGCCGUACACCAAAAGUUUGUUCUCGCGGAGGUUGG